CGCAGAUGUGCACCCUUUGGGCACCGCCGGCCUGGGCCUCGCUCGCCUCUCUCCCCUCUGCUCGGCAAGCCCCGGCCUCGCCCCCUCCCCUCCUCUCCUCCCCGGGCCAUGGAGCUGGGCUGGGCGUGCAGCCACUCGGUCUGGCUUUGCUUCCUCUGGUGUCUCCUGAAGAAGCUCCUGCGCUGUGACCUGUUGCUGACUCCCCGCCUGCUGCUGCAUGUGGGACUCGUGGUCCUGCUGCAGGCUGUCAGCCACAGCUUCCUGCCCCUGCCGCUCAGCGCCGCCCUCACGGGCACCGCCUGCUGGCUCGUCCUGGGAGGGGCCGCCCGCCUCCAGAGGCUCCCGGCCGCCGGGAAAGCCGUCUUCGUCACAGGGUGUGAUUCUGGCUUUGGGAAAGAGACAGCCUCUUACCUUGACUCCCUGGGACUUAAGGUCUAUGCCAGCGUACUGGACAUAAACAGCCCCGGGGCACAAGAGCUGAGGCAGAACUGCUCAUCCCAGCUGACCCUGCUGGAAAUGGACCUGAUGAAACCGGAGGACAUCCAGAAAACCCUGAACUUUAUAAAGGCUCAGACGGAGAGGACAGGGCUCUGGGGCCUGGUGAAUAAUGCCGGAUUCAACGAUGUCGUUGCUGAUGCUGACUUGAUUCCGCUUCACAACUUCCGCGCUUGCAUGGAGGUGAACUUCUUCGGGGCUCUGGAGCUGACCAAAGGGCUGUUGUCUUUGUUGCGUGCAUCGCAGGGAAGGAUAGUGACAGUCAGCAGCCCAGCAGGUCAUAUGCCAUUUCCCUGCUUAGCAGCCUAUGGGACCUCCAAAGCUGCACUUAGCCUCCUUAUGGAAACCUUCCGGAGUGAACUUAAAUCCUGGGGCGUCAAAGUGAGCAUCAUCUAUCCCGGGUAUUUCAAAACCGGAAGUACUUGCGAUCCCGAGUUCUGGAAGGGAAAGAAACAUCAGCUGCUGGCGGCUCUACCUCCUGACUUGCUGGAAGACUACGGCGAAGAAUACAUCGAGGAGAUCAACAAGGAGUUUGUCAUUUUCAUGAAGAUGGCUGUAGAGGAUGUCAGCCCAGUGGUGAACAGCAUAACCGAAGGUCUCCUUUCUCCUCAGCCUCUUGCGAAAUACUACCCCGGCAGAGGUCUUUGGCCAAUGUACUUCACCCACCACUAUUUGCCCAACACCGUCCGCGACUUCUUGCUGAGAACCUUUUUCAUCAAGCCCAAGCUGCCUAAGGCCCUGCAGCUGAAGCAGAGUAACACACCCCACGCCGACUGACGCUCGUUUUGGUACCCUGACACAAGGAACCAAGAGAGACGCCUCCCCAUCAUCCCUCCUGCUACCAAACAAGCCCCCAGUGGAAUGUAAUACUCUGAAAAGAUAUCCUUUUGGAUCGUGUGCGGGGGCCCUUCCCAGCAAGCCCCGAUGGUUGUCCUUCCAUCAGGGUUUGGAUUUAUUUUGGGAGGCAAGGAGAAUGCCCUCAUCUCUUUCUUUCCCACGGUGCACAAACCAAAGUUCUCAGAAGAUGCUGGGGGGGGGGGACCCUGCAGCCAGCUCAGUGGGAGUGGUACAGAUGGUCUGGAAGAAUUAGGUGGGGAGGGCUCUCCAUCCUUGGCUUUCUCUUCCCCAACUGGCUUCUCUCUUACACCUCAACCGUGUGAUAUACCUCUGUAAACUCGGACUAAAGUCAAACCAACCUUCCCUUGCUGCUCAGAGACCCGUGAUCGCGGUCACUGCCCAGCCCCCCUCCAAAGAGACGACAGACAUUUCCUACCAUAUCUUUGCUGCUGCUGGGGGAGCACUAUGCAAGCCCUCCUACCCUUUCCUCAGAGUCUCAGUGGCACGCAGGAGCUGAGCCAAGAAGGCCGUAUCACCUCCAGCAACGGGCAGGGACUCUCAUGCUGACGGCCGCCAUCAUCACAGGAAAAAUGAAAUAAAAAUAAGUUAUUUCUACUUUG